CGCCGCGCGGCAUACGCGGAGUCGGCCGGAGCCAUCUUGCUAGUGGUCGUUCCAAUGCUCGCGUCUCCGCGACACAAAUCGCUCUUAAUUCGCACUAAUUAACCAAUAAACCAUCAAAAAACAAUCGGACAAAGUGACAUUACCCAUAACCAAGUGCAAAAUCAGUGUACGGGCGCGUUGUUGACGUGAAUUUGUGUGUUUGUUGUUCUAUGUGUGCAUUCCGACUGUCCUAGGAACCGAUUGGAUUGAGCCACCGUUGUGCGCGGGUGAAUGUAGUGUAGUGUUGUGUGUGGUGAUUGGUGAACUAGUGGAGUGUAGUGAGUGAAACGUAAUGCAGUGAACAUGUGCGAUGACGAAGCGUGGUCCCUCCACCUACACCGGAGCUCCUGAAUGAGAACUACGGAACUUGACGUGGCAUGGACAAGGAGAAUGGCGAGGGGGGUGCCGAGGCAGGCAAGCCGCCGCCUCAAGACGGCCUCCUCGACGCCGCAGGUCUCUUUGGAGCUUACUGGGGGCGGGAUGGCUCGGCGGGCGGCGGCGCGGCCGCCCAGGCUCAAGCGCAGACUCAAGCGGCGCUGUUCGGCUUCGGAGGAAGAUACCCACCGCCUACCACGCUCGGAGUUGCUGCCAACCAAGCUGCGUCACUGGGAUUACAUCCUGCCGCGAGUGCAGCAUGGUGGUCAAUGGCAUCCCACCUGGCCGCUCAAGACUACCUCGCCCGCCUGCAAGCCUCCGGCCUGAACUUCCCUCCCAUGGCUGAUCCAUACUCGGCAUUGUCGGCGCUUUCCGCGGCCGGAUUAAAACAGCCGCAGAAGCCCAGCAAGCAACCUAGUAGGAACGAGAGAUCAAACCGCAGCGGAACUACUUCAGGGUCCUCGAGCAAGGAGAAGACUCCAUCUACUAGCAGUAGUAACUCGCAACCGCAUAUGAGUGAGUGGGGGUCCAGCUACGGGUUUCCGAAGACUUCAUCGCCGUCCACCAUGCACUCGCAGUCGCUGUCCAGCCUUGCGUCGCUCAAUAGUCUGGUCUCCUCUCCUCAUCAGAGCAAGAGUAGUAAGCAGCAACCGCCGUCUUCCCAGUCCAGCCGUAAGCCGUCUUCUUCGCAGUCAUCGUCAUGUAAGGGCAAGGAGAGAGACUUGGCUUUAUUGCGAGGAGACCUGAUGUUAGCGCAAGCUGCGGCUCAUGGAGCCUACCAUGCUGCCGUCGCUGCUGCCGCUAAGGGGAAGAACAUGUCCUCUUUGUACCCUUUCGGUAUGCCUGGCUCUGAGAAGGACCGGCAUGCUGGCAUAGAUUCCCUCACCGGUCUACCCCAUACCAUACUCAGUGAUCCUGCCUCAGUACUGGGAGGUGUGAGACUGCCGCCAGACACGGAGAUUAUUAAGUACACAUCAUCUUUGGCGGGCCCUAAGGCACCUCCCGGUACGACGAAUAGAGGCCGUAAGAAAACCAUAUCGCUAGACCCGCCACAAGUGUCCGUGCAUCCGUCGUCGGGCGAUCGAGCCACCCCAGUGCCCAGUAAAAGGCAGAAAAUGGAUGAAUACGGCAACUCACGAUCAUCUGUGGAAGUAAUCCGGUUGCCGAACAAACCGGACCGGGGAAAUUCCCUGUCCGGCACCCCGCCGCCCAACCUAUCGGAUUACGCGGGCAUAUCUCGUGAGUUGCUGCAGACCAUAGCUAGUCAAAGCGGCGUGAGUCUGGCCGCGUUGGAGAGGCAGCUCGCCGGCACCGCCGCUACGCCCGAAUCCGGUCUGAACCUCAGCACGAAAUCCGGUGAGGAGACGCCUCUAGAUUUGGGCGUGAAGGCAUCUUCUAUGGACGAAGACGCACCACUCAAUUUAUCAUUAAAACCUACACCUACCAGCCAUCAAGCUUCGGACGCGCUGUCGAGGUUGACAUCUUUAAGUAGUUCCUUAAAUGCGUCGGCCGGCAACGACAGGAUAUCCCGCCGUAAGCCAGGGGCGAAACCUCGAAGGGUAGCGCCGGAACUAAAUACGCAAGUGGCAGACUCUCCCAGACCCAAGUCCAGUGGCAGUGAGGACAGCGAAUCAGUCUCGGCUUGGCCAACGAGAGAGGGGAGACCCAGGAAUCUAGGGCGCGGGGUCAGCAAGCCCAAGAAGAACACCGUCGCUUCUCUUCUGGCCCAGAGUCGGGCCCUAGGCCUGAGGCCGGCGUUGGCCCAACAGUUGUUAGGGGAGACUGAUUUGGAAAAGCUGAAGGCGUUACUAGGCGAGAGUGCCAGCACGGAUUCCGAGUGCGUUUCCGACAGUUGUCCCUCGGAUUCGGACGCGAGCGACACCAGUCGACGGUCCAACGACGCCCAGUUGCGACUACCGUUAGCUUUAGGUUGGAAACGCGUGACUGUGAUAAGGGGUCUCUCCCGAAACUGCAGUAUUAAGGGGGACGUUAGCUACACUCCGCCCGAGCCCCAUGCCACGCUGGCUAUCAAAACUGCCCAAGAGCUGCAUACGUUCCUGGAGUCGAACCCGUGUCCGCCGCUGUCGGGCGACAACUUCAGCUUCAGCGCGCGCGUGGUGCUCGGCGAGUACGUCCAACCCGCGGAGUUGGGGGAGCCACUGUUGUUCAACGAACAGGAGAUCACUAAACGUUUGGAAGAAGCUAGGGCCCUAGCUGCAUUAACCGGCCCUCGGCCCACACCACCGCCAGUAGACAGACGUAUAGAACUGGCAAGAAGACAGCAGGCCGCCAGAGAUGCCAGGAGAGAUGCCAGUGCCAGGUCCAGAGACCAGGCCCGCCUAGUCAGAGAGUUUGAGAGGAACGAAAAGGCUGAAUUCGUGAAGAGAGAGAAAGAGGCCAGAAGCCAACAGCUACUGGAGCAUAUCAACAAGAACCGAACGCAGCUCACCAUCGAGCCGCUGCCGUCGAUACCGAAAUCUGGUACCGAAAACGAAUGGAAAAUACCAGACAUAGUGAUGGGGCCCGCUACAAAGAGUACCAAGGAGCGAAUAAUGCCUCCGAUAAGUCUUUCACUGAUACCAGUCACGGGCAAAGACCCGCAGAACUCGCCUAUAAAAGCGAUGAACUUCGAAACCACAUGGAAAGCGGAAGAAUACAACGCGCUCGACAAAAUGAAAGAUUUCGCCGAAAAAGCGGCAUUCGAUCUACCAAAAAAACCUAAAGACGUUUACUUUGAUUUCUCGCUGAUGAAGACGAGCGAUAAGCGACUCAAAGGCACAGACAAAGAGAACAAUUUAGAGAAACUAAUAGAAUCCUAUUCUAGAAUAACGGAGUUCAUAAACGGUUGCGAUUGGUCGAAAGUGCCAGCUGACAAAAAGACUGAAGACGCUAAAGCGAUAGAACAAGAAUACUUGGACGCAAAAAACGAAUUCAUGUCGCAAAAUUUGUGUUUGAUGCCUAAUGACAGCAAAAAGUCUGUAUUGAAAGAGGUGAUCGAUUUAAGCGAGGACGACGAUCACUUGUUGAACGAUAUUAUAAGUAAAAAGAUAAGCAAAGGCACUUUCAAUAUCGGAAAAGACGGGGCCCUGUCAAUAUCGGUUCAUCCUUUCGCCAGUAAGGAUACAUUAGGACUGGCUAAGAGAAAAAAACAGGAAGAGAUAGAGAAGCUGAAGAUAGAGGAACAGGCUAAGAGGCAACAGGAAAGGGAAAUAAAGAGACAACAGGCUAUGCUACUGAAAGAACAGCAAAAAUAUAUCACCGAGGAACGCGAAAGAAGACGGCAACACACAACGUUUAUUCGUCAAUUAGAUUCUAGGAAGAGAUGGGAGGAGAGGGAACGGAGAAAACACCAGAACCUUCUAGACAGACUCCUAGUGAAAGAGAAGAAGCUGCAGCAGAGACGAAAAGAGAUGGAACUACUUGCCGAAUUAAGACGGCCGCAAGAAGACUCAUCUCUAUCGGAUCAGAAACCACUUCCAACUCUUAACAGGAUUCCAGGUUUAAAACUACCGGGGCAAGCAUUCGCUGAUAUUUUACAAGUGUAUGAGUUUAUACACAAUUUUGGUCAGACACUUGGAUUCGACAUGGACAACAUUCCUUCGCUGAACACUUUCCAAAUGGCUUUACUGCCCGACUGCUGUUCAGAUGCCGAAGACGAACUGAUACAAGUAUUGACGCAGCUACUUGUAUGCGCUAUCGAGGACCCGGGUAUACCUCACCCGGGUCGGCAUACGACGUUACUCGGCCACGCUAUCCGGAUGGGUGAUAUCACACCCGCUAACUUAAGCGAAGUAUUACGGAUAUACUUGUAUGCCAAUGCUACGGGCGAAGUGAAGUCGCUUACUGGUUUAACAGCGGAGCGUGAGAGAGAACGUCGCGUAGCCGAUCACCAUCAGACGGAAGCGGAAAUGCAACACACUUGUGCCAGCACUAAGAACGCGACCUAUUACGAACACUUACAUGGGAAUAGCACGUAUAAACUUUCAGAGGCGUUACGAGACAAACCGUUCCUAGCGUUGAACGCUACGACGAAGGCGAAGAUACUAGCGUUCCUGUGCGACGAACUGUUGCAGAACAAAUCGGUCCUACGGCAGAUCGACGGCUCGCUGGAACACUUGAACCAGGUCAAGAAGGAGCGGUACCUACUCGACAUGAAGAUUAGAAAAGUUCGAGUACUCCACCAACGUAAACUUCGCACUGAACAAGCGGAGAAGCAGCAAGCUCUAGCUUUAGAGAGGAUGCAGAGGCUCGUAGAAGAGAGUACGGCCAACCUCUGCGGCGGUCGGAUGUCGCCGCAGCCGCAAGAUGAAGAACAACCAUCAGACAAAGAAACUCCCAAGAAAGAAACCACCCCGGAAGUCGACGACAAACCAAAAUCACCUUACAAAGAGCCCAUGUUAGAAGACAGCGACAAAGAACUUUCGCCCUUAAAGGAUCUCUCUAACAUGAGCAAAAGCAAAGAAGCGCUGAAUAACAAUAAGGAGGAAUGUUCCCCGGCAGACAAUUCUAAGUUGGAUAAAGACAGUGUGAUGGGCGAUUGCGAUGCGAAUCUUAGUGAUUUGGAGAGUGAAGGCACGCAACCUGAAGAGGAUGAAGACAAGAACUUGUCGUCGGAGGAGCUUUCCAGGAAACUAGACAAACUGAUGAGGCAAUCGGAACAGCAGUUGCAACAGUUAGUCGCCGGCUCUCACGCUUUGAGGGCUACUUGUUAUGGACAAGACAGAUAUUGGCGUCGCUAUUGGUCUCUGGGUAAAUGCGGUGGCAUAUUCGUGGAAGGCAUGGAAUCCGCUCAACCCGAGAUCAUGGCCUACCACCAGGGGUUAGAAAACGCAGCUCAAAACCAACCAUCCGACAGUUGCAGGACGAAGAAAGGUGCCAAAGACAAGAAAGACCCGAGCGGGAAAGAGUCCGAAGAACGCCCAGAUUCCGACAAAGCCCUCAAAGAGGAGGCCCUCAAGACUGAAAUGGAACUGAAGAGCAUAAAAUCAGAGUUGAAUCUGAGCGACCACACGCAGAUCAUCAAGUACGAGCCGAAUGUCAAACAUGGUGCUUGUAAAGUUGAAGGUUCAUCGAUAAAAAUGGAGGAGAAGUACAUCCAACAGAAGCAGCAUAAUGAAGAACAGGACAUGCUCGACAUAGAAGACUCGAUACCCACAGCUUUUCUAGUACAGAAGCCUUCGCACAAACCGAUGUACGCUUCACAAGCGGAACCAAUGGAUAAACCCCAGGAGAUAGUGAAAAUAGAAAACGUAGUAAAGAAAGAGGAAAAGGAAGAACCGGAAGAGAGCAAAGACGAAUUAGUGAACAAUCUAGAAGAGUUGAGAAAGCUUGCAGAAGCGGUAUCCUCACAGUUGGAUGCCGCUAAAAAGGCAGAGGCAGAAGAAAAAGAAGUUAAAGAAGUGAAGAAAGAAGUAAUGGAGCCUGAAGCUGCUCACAACCAUCUUUACACAAAAAUCGUAGAAGGCAAAUGGUUCUCUAUUUUGAGGCAUGAGAGUGCAUUUUUGAAUAACAUCAACGAAGUCACAGUUAAAAGUGAAGUGCCAGUGUAUUGUGAUAACGAACACACUUGUGCCGAAGUGAUAUUGUGCCAAGGACAUAAGUGGGACGUUUCAAAUAAUUUGCAUCUUUUAAACGACCCGAGUUUAUUCACUCUGAACUCUAUGGUGACUAGUGUGCAAGUGCCGUCUAAUAGUGUUUACACGGACUCUAGCUUGACUAUGUCAGGUUUGGAUCAGGAAAUGAUGGACGCUAGUCUAAAUAGAGAUUGCAAAGAGCAUACGGGUGUUGAAGAUGAACUUAAAGAGCAGGACAACGAUCUAGAAAAGGAAUUGCAAGCGGACGCGCUCAAACACGAUUUAGCCACGCAAAAGGCCAAAGCCAACAGUCUAAACAGCCUCGGCUUGUUAAACUUCAAUGCUUUAUCAACAUACGUGACUUGCGACAGUCCACCGCCCAUACAGAUGUCUCCGGACGAAGUGAAACAGUUGGAUCAUUGCAAACAACAUGGGCUGCCGAAGAGAAUCGGAGGCACUUUUGUACCCAAAGAACUGAGACAUGGGUGGUGGCGUAUCACAGAGUCAGAUCAGCUCAAAGAUCUGAUGGAAUCUCUGCAUCCGCGCGGAGCUAGAGAGAGGGAAUUACACGCAGCAGUCGUUCAACAUGUUCCCACGGUCAAUAAUAAGAUAUACAUAGAGAAAGGCGACGUGCACAGCACAGAGCUGUCCAUACUACACAUGGACCGAGUCAUAGCCCAGAGUGGGGGAUUCCCCAGUCCGGAUGCGCCGGGUUCUUACUGCGCAGUCACUGCUAGAAGAAUAGACAUGCAGUUAUUGAACGCUGUGCAACAACUGGAGGAACGCGUAGCCGCUGCCUCUAUGCAAGUGAAGGGUUGGAGGCCUGGAGGGGCCCCUCCUGCCGACGAGACAGGGCCGGAGUUGGUGGCGCGCGCGCGGCACAGACUGGCGGCUGUGGAGGCGCACAUCGAGCGCCGAUACCUGAAGCCGCCCCUGGCGCUAAGGUACGCUAGCAACGCUGAUGCUACCUUGGGCGCGGUAUUGCAAGGGGAACACGGAAACUCUUCGGCGCCGUCGCCUCAGAACUCGGACGCUAAUGAAGGGAGAGAUAAUAAAGGCAUAGCCCGUGGUUUGGCCACGUGGCGGGAGGCAGUCUCCCGCUGCAACACUUCAGCCCAACUCGCGAUGUUACUGCAGGCCUUAGAAGUGGCCGUCGCCUGGGACAAGAGCAUUAUGAAAGCGAACUGUCAGUUCUGCCUCAGUGGAGACAACGAAGACCAACUGCUUCUAUGCGACGGAUGUGACAAAGGCUAUCACACUUACUGCUUCAAGCCGCGCAUGGACAAGAUUCCGGAGGGAGAUUGGUACUGCUGGGAAUGCGUAAACAAAGCCCGCGGGGAACGCGUCUGCAUCGUAUGCGGAGGCGCAAGCAGCGGCCGCACUAUCCCCUGCGCUUUGUGUUCGCGCGCCUAUCACCAGGAUUGCCACUACCCGCCGCUGGGGAAGAAUCCUCGAGGAAAAUGGUAUUGCUCUCAGUGCGUCUCCCGCGCUCCGCCUAAGAAACCGCGCAACACAAAGAAAAGGGACAGCAAGCAGAAAGACAACAACGCCAGCUUGGAUGACGCCAAUAUGGUGCCUAGUCCUGCCCCAUCGCAUGCAUCCACAUCUACUACUGCCGAAGAUUGUUCAGCGACAGUACUCCAUACGCCGGAAAAGACUGAACCGGAAAAGGAGGAACCCGCCCCGGAACCGGAAAAUGGACUCAAUCACCAUCCCGCACCCCCGGAGUUCACAGAGGAAGGUCCGCCUGAAAAACGGCAGCGACUAUACGUGGGCGGGAACGGAGCCAUACAACACGACGACACCGAACAUAUGGACGGCGAAGAUUUGGACACGGAGAACGUACCGCUCGUGUCUCGCGCCAAGAAGGAGAAGAACACAGCAAAGAAACUACAGAAGGACCUGCAGUUUUGCAAGAACUUGCUAUGCGAGAUGGAGUGCCACGAGCACGCGUGGCCAUUCCUAAUCCCAGUUAACACCAAACAGUUCCCGCAAUACAAGAAGGUCAUAAAAUGCCCCAUGGAUCUGUCCACAAUUAAGAGGAAACUGCAGGAAGGGAGUUACAAAUGUAAGGAGGAGUUUGCUUCUGACGUGAGACUUAUAUUCAGUAACUGCGAAGUAUUCAAUGAGGACGAUAGCCCCGUAGGCCGCGCAGGACAUCAUAUGAGACAAUUCUUCCAACAACGUUGGCCACACGCGUGA